AUGGUCAAUGAUGUGGCCAAGCACUUCGAGGGAGGGUACACCGAAUUCACAUUUCUCAACUUGGAGAAUGAUACCAUGUUGUCGAAAACGUUCAAAGACGGCUUUCAAAUGGAAUUGGGAAUUGGAGCACGUCAGCAGCAGAUACCACAGAUUCUCGAAUCAGCAGAUAUAACACGUUUGUACCCAAAGUUGACUGUAGAUAAGUAUUCUGCUUGUGAAACGGGUAACACGAACAGUCAGUUCGUUGUCGGAAUAUUCGAGCCAUCCGUACAUGAUGCCGGCAUGUCCUUUAGCAGUCAUCGAAAUAGAGAUACCAAUUGCAGCAAUCACCAUGCUGCUGACGAUUUUUCAGUAGCCGAAAUG